AUGAACCAUAUCAAGAAUGGGGAAAAGCUCACUCCUGAGCUCAAGCCUCCCAUGCCGCCUGACACUCUUCCUUCAGCAUCACCCCCCACAACUGCUACACCUUCUUCACCUUCUCCGCUCGAGGAUGAGAAUGAUUCCAGGCCUCCUUCUCUUGAGAAUGAGAAUGAUUCUGGGCCUCCUUCUUUUGAGAACGAGAAUGAUUCUGGGUCGUCUCCUUUUGAGGAUGACAACAAUCCCCUUCCCAUUGAAUCUACUCGCAUCUCCUCAGUAACAGAUGACUUGGUGGAUCCUGCACUUUGUGUGCUUUCCAGUCAGCCUCAACCUCGUGCUACAGCCUCACCUCCUCCAGCUAAUGAAGAUGCUCUGGUCUCGAUGAUGAAUCACAAUCACAAGCGCCCUGUUGACGACACGACACCAUCCAAGGGACAAUGCCCGAAGUGUGCCUGCAAGCUCACUGAAAAGGCACAACAGCUGGACUCUGACUCAUGUGAGACUGACAAAGUACAGCAGUGGAAAGCAAAAGGUGGACAGCGCACAAAAAAAAGCAAGGCCAUCAUUGAUUCAGACCAAGAGAACACCAUGUAG